UGUAGGUACCUCAUUUCCGCUGUGUCGCCGGUGUCGCGAAGCACAAAAAGGUGCGAUUGAGAUGCAAACCACAGCCGCGUCAGACUCGUCGCUCCUGCACGCGGAGCUGGAGUCACAGCAGCAGGAGGAGCUCUAUCACCAGCUGCUGCUGCAGACAAUGGGGAAAGUUCCAACUGAAAAUCCUGACUCGAAACUGAUCCGACCACAACCUGGGAUGUGUGUGAAAACGCAGUCAGUCCAGGACAAUCAGAAGGUCUUCGUCAACAUCUGCCAGUCCAGUUCUGUUCCGCCUCCGCCAGAACUUUCUACAGAAGAACUGGUGGAUCUGCUGCAGUCAGAAGAUCCCAGCGGCUUCAAAGUUCCCAUGAGCCUCGGCGAGCCACACACUGAGCUGGACAACAGCUCUCAAGGCUGCACAGCAUACGAUGUGGUCAUCAACCAGGACUUCUUCAAGAAGUGUCAGAAGGAUCAGUUGUUCCUGCAGUUUGUGAUCAUGGUCUCUCUGGAGGGUUUGGAGAACAAGUACCAGCUGGAGCUGAGCAGAGACUGGAAAGUUCUGAAGAACAGGAAGUUUUUGGGGUCUGUCACAGAGCAGAACAUUCGCACCAAGAGCCAGCCGGUGAUCCAGGAGCUGCCGCCUCACAGGGAACCGGUCACUGAAGCAUCCCGCAGACCUGACUUCUCCCUGCGGGUGGAGCCCCCUGCUGGUGAUCCACAGUUCCUGAUUGCAGAAGUCAAGUUGCCUAACGUGCAUUCCUCUCGCUCCCUGGUCCUGGAUGUGGGCGAGGACCGCUUGGUGUUGUCGGCCCGACCUUCCCUCUACCACCUCGAUUUCUUCCACCCGUUUCUAGUGGACCAGGAGUCCAGUGUGGCCCAGUACAACAGCUCCACUCAGGUCCUCACAGUCACCAUGCCUGUGGUCUCAUCAUGAAACUGCUUUUGUUACUUGUUCAAAAUAGUUCAAUAAACCCGUCAAUAUCCUUGAAUCAAAG